GAGGCCGGGUUAAUCUCGGAUUUGACGUUUUGGAUUCCAGCAGGAAUUCUCCGGUUCAGCCAGGAACAGCAGUAGUCUGAUCACGUCUGCGUGCGGUUAUUGAUUAACGCCGGAGUUUUUAGCUGCAUUUCCGGGGGGUGGUGUUUUAAAGCUGGCGUGCAUUGCAAUCAGGAGAGUGAAUGAAGUGAGUGAGAGAGAAAGGGUUCCUGAUCCGUAUUGUGAUUAUGCAAAUCUGAGAGAAGCGAGGCUGGAGCUUUGUGUGAGCGCCAGCUAGCCUUUACUGUUCUCUCUCUCUCUCUCUAGCUGCAUCUCUCUGUUCCUGGGUGUUUGCAACCAGGCUGUUCCCUCCCUAUUCCUCCUCCUCCUCCUCCUUCCCAUGUCUUAAAAGCAGUGGGGGUGGGGGGAUAACCAGCCAAGGUGUCGGGGAGGGGCUGUAGACCUAGCUCCGGACUUCUGAACGCUCUCUUAAAACAGAAGAACCUAGAAAUAGUCUCCCCAGUUCUGUGUGUGUUGGUGACUAUGGGACGACAAAGCGCCGGGAGAGUGGCUUUCUCUCUCCAAAUAUUGCUGCUGUCCCUCGCUGUAGAUGUUUGCUGGAGUUUGUGCCCGGAGAAGGAGUUGGAGACUAGGGAAGAAGAAGCGAAUGUUGUCUUAACGGGGACGGUGGAGGAGAUUAUGAACGUGGAUCCCGUUUACAACACCUACUCUUGUAAGGUACGUGUGUGGAGGUUCCUGAAAGGCCGCGAGACAGUGAAGAACGAGAUUCUCCUGGAUGGCGGGAAUAAAGUGAUGAUCUGUGGCUUUGGCGAUCCCUCAAUCUGUGACAACCAAGUUUCCACGGGCGACACCCGGAUAUUCUUUGUCAACGUGGCACCGAAAUCGAUGUGGCCAGCUCACAAAAACGAGCUGAUGCUCAGCUCCAGCCUCAUGAGGAUUACCCUUCGAAACCUGGAGGAGGUGGAAAAUUGCGUGGAAGAUAGACCUGUGAUUAAGUUCACUCCUGCCCCUGCAACAUCACAGGAUGUAUGUCGAGGUGUCCUCUGUGGGUUUGGAGCUGUCUGUGAGAGAGAUCCCAAAGAGCCAACUAAGGGAAUGUGUGUCUGCAAGAAAAGUGUCUGCCCGUCUGUCAUCGCCCCAGUUUGUGGAUCCGAUUAUUCCACAUACAGUAAUGAGUGUGAGUUGGAUAUGGCCCAGUGCACACAGCAGCGAAGGAUCAAGGUUAUUAGCAAAGGACUUUGUGGCUCGAAGGACCCAUGCAGCGAGGUGGCCUGUGGAUUCGGCAGCACCUGCAUCCAGUCAUCUGAUGGCCAGUCAGCCAAAUGUGUCUGUCCCACCACGUGCAGUGGAGACCAGGAGAGUGUGGUGUGCGGCAGCGAUGGCAAGGAUUACAGAAACGAGUGCGAGCUCAAUAAACAUGCCUGCGAUAACCACAAGAAUGUUUACAAGAAGUCUGAUGGACCCUGCGACCCAUGCAGAGAUGCACAGAAUGACCUAAAUAAGGUAUGCCGAGUACAUCCAAGAGCUCACAAACCUGAAGUGCUCCUGCGCCCGGAAAGCUGCCCACCAGACCACGAGACAGUGUGCGCGGAUGAUGGGCAGACCUAUGAAAGCAAGUGUGCCAUGGAAAGAAUGGGAGCUAUCAAAGGCAUUACCCUGCAGAAGGUUCACUCAGGACACUGUCAGGAUAGAGACAAGUGCCAAGAAGAGUGUCAGUUCAAUGCAGUGUGCCUCAACCGAAGGGGCAUUACGCGUUGCUCCUGUGACCGCAUCAUUUGUGACGGAGCUUACAGACCUGUCUGUGGAGAGGACAAUCAAAGCUACAGCAAUGACUGUGAGCGUAAGCAAGCCGAGUGUCGGCAGAAAACCAGCAUUCCAGUCAAAUAUAAGGGUCCUUGCGACCUUAACACUCAAAGCCCCUGCCUGAGUGUUGAAUGUGAGUUUGGAGCCAAGUGCAUUGUGAAGAAUAAUAAAGCUGUGUGUGAGUGUCAGCAGAGCUGCCAGAAUGUGUACGCACCAGUUUGCGGGAAUGAUGAACAUAUAUACGGCAAUCAGUGUGAGUUGGAGGCCAUGGCUUGUAUUCUGAAAAAGCGCAUCACCAUCAAACACAAGGGUCCCUGUGAUCGCUGUGGAAACUGCCAGUUUGGUGCCAUUUGCGAGGCAGAAACAGGAAAGUGCCUUUGCCCCACAGAAUGUGUAAGCUCCGAGCAGCUGGUGUGUGGCACAGACGGCAACACAUACAAUAAUGAAUGCGAGCUACACGUUCAGUCCUGCAUCAAACAAAGGGAUAUACAAGUUGCAGCCCAGGGAGAGUGCAAGCAAUGCGGCUCCAACAUCUGUUUGUUUGGAGCAAAGUGCGUCGGUGGCCAAUGUGUCUGUCCUCGGUGUGAAAACCAACCCAUUUCCUCAGUCUGUGGGAGCGAUGGGGUCACGUACAUGCACCUGUGUGAUCUACAAUCUGCCUCCUGCCAGCAGAAAAAGAUAAUCGAGGUUGUGGAAGAGGGUUCUUGUGAUGAUGAAUGCGGUUCUGGAGGGUCGGGAUCAGGUGAGGACAAUGAAUGUGAGCAGGAACGAUGCCGGAAAUAUGGAGGAAUGUGGGAUGAGGACGCGGAAGACGACCGCUGUGUUUGUGAAUUCCUCUGUCGCAAUGUCCCUCGGAAUCCUGUCUGUGGGUCUGAUGGGGUAACCUAUGACAAUGAGUGUGCACUGAGGAUGGCGCGCUGUACCAUGCAAAAGGACCUUCAUGUCAUCAUGCCUAACGCCUGUGAGGUUGCAAUUCCACCAUCUGCCCCACAGCAACACUGCAGCAAAUCUGUUUAUGGCUGUUGUCUGGAUAAUGUAACUGCUGCCCAAGGAGUUGGCCUCGCAGGUUGUCCGAGCACCUGUCGGUGUAAUAAGUAUGGGUCUUACAGUGGAACAUGUAGCCCCAGCACUGGUCAGUGUUCCUGCAAGCCCGGAGUGGGUGGUCUCAAGUGUGACCGUUGUGAACCAGGCUUCUGGAAUUUCCGUGGUAUCGUCAUAGACGAGAAAAGCGGAUGUACUCCUUGUAACUGUGAUGCUGUCGGGGCUAUUCGGGAUGACUGUGAGCAGAUGACUGGCCUUUGCUCUUGUAAAGCUGGCAUCACUGGAAUGAAGUGCAACCAGUGUCCAGAUGGAAGUAACUUGGGUCAAAAUGGCUGUGAUGAAGACCCAUCUGUAUCCAAAUCAUGUGCUGAUCUUCUGUGCCAAUAUGGAGCAACUUGUGUGGAGAGUAAUGAGCGUGCUUAUUGUGAAUGCCCCCCUCCUGUUUGUCCAGAAAGUAAAAACUCUAAGGUCUGUGGCUCUGAUGGCAUAACCUACGCAAAUGAAUGUCAGCUCAAAUCUAUUGGAUGUCGCCAAGGCACUGUGAUCACAAUCACACACCAAGGGCCUUGUCGAGGAACUCCAUCGAGACCAACCAUUCCUCCUACCACACACUCUCCUCAGACAACCAAAUGGUCGAAAAUGACCCCAUCAACAGUCAUAUCUUCAACAAGGGAAGACACCAUAUUGACCGCGCGAGUUGAAAAGGACUCUGAAGUGUUUGAAGCAAAGCUCACUCCUAGAUCCACAGCAUGGCCUGCACAUACCACAAGAUCAUAUGUCAGAUCCAAGUCAUCCACGAUAACCAGACGUCCUGUUGUCACUGCCCACCUAACCACUGUCCGGCCUACAACAUCCGUCAUUCCAUCUGAACCCCCUGAUCAGUCAGGCAGUGGGGGUUUCAGUGGGGAUACAGAUCUUGAAGCAAGUGGUGAUCUAGAAGCUAGUGGAGUAGACCCUUCGGGUUCCAAUGAGACCAUAGCUGAACCAACACCCGUUCCAAUUGAAAGGUCAUCGUGUGAUAACACAGAGUUCGGCUGCUGCCCUGAUGGAAAAACACCGUCUGUGGAUGGUGAAGGAACCAACUGUCCCCCGACUAAGAUAUUCCAAGGAGUUCUCAUUUUGGAAGAGGUUGAGGGUCAAGAACUCUUUUACACACCGGAGAUGGACGAUCCCAAGUCGGAACUGUUUGGCGAAACAGCUCGAAGUAUUGAAAGUGCUCUGGAAGAACUCUUGCGGAACUCAAAUGUGAAGAAAGAUUUUAAGAGUGUCCGAGUUCGUGGUCUGGGAGCAAGCAAAUCUGUGCGCACCAUUGUCGAUGUCCAUUUUGACCCACGGACAACUUACACUUCCCGAGAUGUACAAAGGGCGUUGCUUCAGCAAGUAAGGCUCUCGAAGAAGAAAUCUAUCAUUGUAAAGAAACCAGAACAGGAGAACAUCAAAAUCGUGGAAUUUGAUUUGGCACCAGUGCUGUUUACAACCACCAGCACAACCACGGCAGCCACAACAGUCCCAGUAACCACUGCGUCCACGCUGGUCACCCUCCCACUGGCAAUCACCAGGCGGCCCCACUUUACCACCAGGCGGCCCAAGUCCCACCAAGUGGUCAAGGGGCUUCCCACCUCUCCGACAACCACGACAAAGGCAGCCACCCCCAGGCGGCCCCUUCACUCCAAGGAGACUCCUGCCGAACUGCCAGACGUCUACGUUCCAAAACCUUGUGAUUUACACCCUUGUCUCCAUGGAGGCACUUGUGAAGAUGAUGGGAAGGAUUACACAUGCAGCUGCCCAGCUGGAAGGGGAGGAGCUGUUUGUGAGCAAACAAUCAUAUACCAUAUACCUGAGUUUGGAGGCAAGUCGUACUUAGCAUUUAAGACAAUGAAGGCUUACUACACAGUACGUAUCAAUCUUGAGUUCCGAGCCUCUGACCUGGAUGGCUUGCUGCUGUACAAUGGACAGAAGAAAGGCAAAGACUUCAUCUCUCUCGCCCUUGUGAGGGGCCACGUGGAGCUAAGGUUCAACACUGGCUCUGGAACAGGUAUCAUCAUCAGUAAAACACUGAUAGAGCCUGGGAAAUGGCACCAAGUCGUUGUGAACCGUAACCGACGCAAUGGAAUGCUAUCGGUGGAUGGUGAACCACAUGUGCUUGGGCAAAGUCCUGAUGGAACUGAUGGACUAAACCUGGAUACUGACCUGUUCCUGGGAGGGGCCCCAGAGGAUGAAAUGGCACUCGUAACAGAGAGAACAGCAGCAAACAAGGGGCUGAAGGGCUGCAUCCGAUUGCUGGACGUCAAUAACCUGGUCUAUGACCUUGAGGAAACAGGCAGUGAUGUCCUGUAUGGCAGCGGCGUUGGUGAAUGUGGAAAUAACCCCUGUCAAAACAACCCCUGUAAGAAUAAUGGCAAGUGCCACGUGAAGGAAGCAGAGAUGUUCCACUGUGAGUGUGACAGUGGGUUUUCAGGAGCAACAUGUGCCGAUGAGCACAACCCUUGUGAUCCCAACCCCUGCCACCCAUUAGCGAAAUGUUUGGUGCUACCUGAAGGUGGAGCAAAGUGUGAAUGCCCAAUGGGCCGUGAGGGAGAGUUCUGCGAAAGAGAAACUGAGCAGAACCAGGCCACUGCUUUCAUUCCAGAGUUCAAUGGGCUUUCCUACCUCGAAAUGAAUGGAAUCCAUACAUUUGUCAGCGAAUUGCUUCAGAAGCUGUCAAUGGAAAUAAUCUUCUUGGCCACUGAUCGCAAUGGAAUGAUCUUUUACAACGGGCAGAAGACCGAUGGCCGUGGGGACUUUGUUUCCCUAAACCUGCGUGAUGGUUACUUAGAGUUUAAAUAUGACCUCGGAAAAGGACCAGCAGUUAUUAGGAGUAAGCAACGCAUCCCACUGAAUGUGUGGAAUGUGGUUACUGUUGAAAGAAAUGGGCGGAAAGGAUUAAUGAUCAUUAAUAAUGGUGAACCCAUCAAUGGUGAAUCCCCGACGCCGCACACAGCACUGAACCUCAAGGAAGCUUUGUAUGUAGGUGGAGCACCAGAUCUCAAUAAGUUUGCCCGUGCAGCUGCAAUCACAUCUGGAUUUAAAGGAGCAAUUCAGAAGCUUUCAAUAAAAUCUAUUCCACUGCUUAAGAAAGAAAACAUUAGAAAGGCAAUGGAGAUCUCCAAUUACCGCUCUCAUCCCUGCACAGCCAGGCGUAGUCCAUGCCGCAAUGGCGGAAUCUGUAGUCCAAAACUCGGGGAAUAUGAUUGUAUGUGCCAGCGUGGUUUUUCAGGAUCACAGUGUGAAAAAGCACUUGAAGAGAAGUCCGCAGGUGAAAGUGAAUCUGUGGCUUUUAAUGGACGGACAUUCAUAGAAUAUCACAAUUCAGUAACAAGAAGUGAAAAAGCGAUACAAAUUAAUUACUUUGAACUGAGCAUCAAAACCGAAGCAACGCAAGGACUGAUUCUGUGGAGUGGGAAAAUUGCUGAGAGAUCUGAUUACAUUGCACUGGCUGUGGUAGAUGGAUACGUGCAGAUGACCUACGACUUGGGAUCUAAGCCAGUCACACUCAGGUCUACAAUUCCAGUCAACACAAAUCAGUGGAUUAGGAUUAAAGCUAACAGGAUACACAGACAUGGGACUCUCCAGGUGGGAAAUGAAGCCCCUGUCACUGGGUUAUCUCCUAUCGGUGCCACACAGUUGGAUACCGAUGGUGCACUCUGGCUUGGUGGAAUUGAGAAGCUAGCACUUGGAAGUAGAUUGCCAAAGGCCUACAGCACUGGUUUCAUAGGCUGCAUAAAGGAUGUAAUCAUCGAUCGUCAGGAACUUCAACUAGUAGAAGACGCCUUGAACAAUCCCACAAUAUUACACUGUCCAGCCAAAUAAUGAACAGGCCAUGCCUAUUGCUGUAAUUAUUUUCUAUUUUUGUAUACUUUUAUUGCUUUUUAUAUUGAAAAUGUUUUGUUGCAGUAUAUCAAGCUGAUCUCACAAGCGAACCAAACGAUCUAAACGUCCUAGGCUACAACUACACUGUACACAGUUAAUUCGGUCAUACUUGAACCUGUGAAAUUUGGUGCUGGUGGUACCUACUGCCUUCUUUGAAUCAUUCUGCUUUACAAUCUAAGAACUUGUGGUUAGGCUCUUCUUAUUUAAGGCAACUAGAAGAGUUAAAUGCUGCAGUGUUUGCUAUUUGCAACCUGAAUCUGGCUAAUGUAUUUACUCAGAUUUGACCCUUUACAUCAAAUUGUGAGACACAAUAAGGAUCUACUCUCUUUGUUUCUCUGCUUUUAAUAAUUUGUGUUGUUUAUAUUUAAUUAUGGACUUCUUCAAGGAUUAAGUAUAUUGCAAGACUGAACUAGCCAACACAUGUUGUUUUGGGAAAAUGCUAUAUCCCACUUAUAGAAGAUAUGAAGUUAUCAGACAAAAUCAUGUACAGCUAGAUGCGAAGAGAUAUCUUUGCUUGUCUCUUUUUAAAAAUAAAUCCACUUUCAAUAUUCCCAUGUCAAGGCAGCACACUUUCAAAUUGUUCUGGACUUUUUUAGAUGAUCAUAAAUCAUUUUAAGUUUUAAAAACCUGUACUUCAGCUCACAAUCUCAUAAAUGCAGUUGCUUUUCAGUCAUCAAAAUUAAGACAUUUUGGUUUGCAAUCAAGAGGAAAUAAAUAUAUGCUUUUGAUUAUUUUGUAGUUUCUGAAAGAAAACAAAACAUCAUUUAGAUAAACCUACUAAUUUAAUAUUUCUCAACAAUUAAAUGUUUUCAUUAUUAGGAGGAGCUUGCUCCUUUCUCUCCGUCAAGAGAAAAGCUUUUCUCCCCAAACAUGCAGUGUUCAUUCACUCUGCAUAAGAGAUAACCCAUGAUUCUGUGCUGAGAUCCUACAGACUGAGGGAAUCUUUACUGCGUUUCGUUAACCAGCAGUUGAAACUCAAUAUGGAAUCGAGCUGAUAUAAUUUCCUGAAUUUGGUUUUCCAUUUGUCUAUAUUUUUGUAUGUAAAGACUCAAACUGUGUAGGUGUUACACUUUACCACAUGCAGAAAUAAUCUCCCGCUUUUGUUGCCCACUGUGUAUAGUGUAUGUACUAUGGACCAAUAUGUAACAAAUACCUUUCACUUAAUACUUGUGAGAUUGCAUGUGGCCUGCUGGUCUUGGACUGGGAAAAAUAUGCCUACAUUUUAAAUUUAAUGGAGAAAGACUGAUGUCCAGUUGGAGAUCACAUUUAAAAAAAAAAGAACCCAAGAGCUUUGUACUACAUGUGGCAUGCUACUGAGCCGGUCCCAUAAUAUAAUUUUCUCCUUAGCUGCUGCUUGCUGUAAUGUGCUCCACCUGCAGACGUGACCAAUGGAAAGUACAUGGGCACAGGUGGGAAGUUUACUACUGUAAAUCUGUGCCCAGUAGCUAAAUUAAAAUUACAAUGGGCUGUUGGAAAAGGUUUGUGGAAAAUGAGCUUCGCUUUCAUGAACUAUGAAAUAUGCCAAGGAUUUCGCAAGUGGCAUGAGUGGCCAUAAAUGUGUCUAGACUGCUGUAAGAUUUGGUCUCUGCAAUGUGCAUUGAUUCAGAUUGUGAUAUUUUGUCAUCGGCAUUAUUCAGUGGUGUCAAUUUUUAUUUCUGGCCCUAUCAUAUGACAUUUUUUUAAAAAAAUCUGUAGAAGGUUUUUUUUUAACUCAGCCUUAACAACUAAUGUGUAUUCACAGAAUUUCUUUAUAUUCUAUAACAUUCAAAUACAUAUCAUUGUGUAAUCCUGUGAGGGGAUAGCCGAAAAGAACACAAUUAGGAAUAGAAAGGGGCACUGUAUCAUCGGAAAUUGGAAUGUGACAACCACCAAAGCAAAAUCAUUGCAAGGUGGAAGAACAGAGGUGACUGCAACAGAGAGAAUGAGGAAUGCCUUUCUGACAUUUACAAGGGCGGUGCUGCUGUUAGUGUGCUGUUUUAUUAUUCUGUGAAAGGCAACUAGAUCACAUGCAAAGAAAAUGCGUCCUUGCUGUCACUGUGUGAUAUUGUCAUCUUUUAGGCCAGUAUUUAGAGUUUGUAGAUGUCAAGGUUUUGGUCAUUUCUAAUGUCACAAUUUUUUUUUAAUGUAAUCUCUGGCCCUUUGCAACGACUAGUGAGGAAUGCAGUCUGUUGUCUGAUGUCCUUAUAAUGCUUACCUCAUUGUUGUUGCCCACUGCAGGCGAGCAGACAACUUUGGAAUGCUGGUCACUGGGUUUGAGGAGGUCAAUUAAAUGAGCUUGUGUGUGUCUUUUUUCAACAAGGGAAUCGGAGAAAUAAAACAUGAGCAGAAACAUUCCAAAAUGCUGUGUCUUGACUUCAGAAAUGUUUGUGAGGAAGUGGGGCUUUAGAAAUGCCUUAAAUGCCAAGUUCACCAAUCUCCUGGUGAGCCUCACCACGCACACCUUGUGUUGUGCACUUAUUUUUAUUUGAUGUUUUACUGCUGGUGUUUUAACUCUAGUGUAAAAAUAUUCAAGCCCUUUUUUUUAAGAAAAGAGAAAUGCUGGUUUUAUUUAUGUGUUUCCAUACAGUGUUUUUUCAGGUACAUGACCAUUGUAAACUGCUGUAAUUAAUCUGUAAGGACAGUGCACAGUAUAUGAUCAGCAUGAUGUAACCAUUACUAACUUUAUUACUCGUGUCUUUUGUCCAAUCAUCAUGAAAUAAAGUGUAAAACUUCCAAAUAA